AUGGAUUAAUAUAAAAUAGUGAAGCGAUUGGGAGAUGGAACUUAUGGCUGCGUCUACAAGGCAACCAAUAUCAACACUGGAUAGAUAGUUGCCAUAAAAAAGUUCAAAAAAAAAUAUACAUCUUGGGAUGAAUGUGUAAACCUUAGAGAAGUAAAAGCAUUAUAAAAAUUAAAACAUCCCAAUAUUAUAAAAUUAAUCGAAGUAUUCAAAGAAAAGGAUGAGUUGAAUUUGGUUUUCGAAUUUUUAGAUAAGGAUAUUUAUCAACAAUAUUUAGAAAAUCAAAAUAAUGGAAGACAUUUGUCUGAAGAUAAGAUUAGGUCUGUAAUUAAAUAAGUUGCUGAAGGUUUGGCAUAUAUGCACAAAGUAGGAUAUUUUCACAGGUAAUUAAUACAAGUAUUGUAGAGAUCUAAAACCAGAAAAUCUAUUAGUAUCAGGGGAAACUGUUAAAAUAUGUGAUUUUGGACUAGCAAGAGAAAUUAGAUCGAAACCUCCAUAUACUGAUUAUGUUGCUACGAGGUAAUUAGUAUUUAUCAUUUUUCAGAUGGUAUAGAGCACCAGAAAUCUUACUGAAAUCUCCAUAUUAUAACUCACCAGUUGAUAUAUUUGCACUAGGAUGUAUAAUGGCGGAACUAUACACUCUAAAACCAUUAUUUAAUGGAAGUUCAGAAUUAGAUCAGCUUUUUAAGCUAUGUUAAACUUUAGGUACGCCAAAUGUUAAAGAGGUAUUUUCUUGAAAAUGACUAAUAUAGUGGCCUGAAUCAUAAAAGUUAGCCAACACUGCUAAUAUCACAUUUCCAACAUAUAGUCCUGCCCUUUUAGAAAAAGUAAUUCCAAAUGCGUCAUCUGAAGCAAUCGAUCUUAUUAGAGAUAUGUUAAAGUAUGAUCCUUAAAAAAGACCUUCUGCUAAAUAGAUUUUGGAAUACCCUUAUUUUUCUAACCAUUGUUUCCCUAUGAUCUAAUAAAUAGAUAAUAAUUAGGAAUUUCCAAAACUAGAUAGAAUGGAAAGACAUGAAAAAUAAGAUGAUAUAUUUGAAUUACCUAGGGUCAAUAAUAAGGAAAAUAGAAAUAAAAUGAAUGAAUCUAACUCAAACUUUCUAGACAUUUUGGAAUAAAGGAUAGCUGAUUAUGAGAGGCCAACAAAAAAGGAAGUCUCAAUACAUAAGUCUAGUGUGAAGGAAUCAAAAGAAUAUUAAGCAUAAAAAGAUAAUAGAGAAUCAAAUCUGUCAAUGAUUCAAAAUAAUUAACCUAAAGAUUAUAUAAUGCCUAAGGAAUUCCCUUAGAUAGAUUCUCUAGAUCCUAGAAUUGAUUCUAGAAAUAAAAAAGGAUAAGCUGGAUUGAAAUUCUUAAGACACAAUGAUCCUAUAGGAGAUCAACUUAGGAAUCAAUAAUAAUCAAUUAUUUAGUAAUCAAGAUCAUAUGAACCAACGAAAAGAAAUAUUUAUGAUUUUAAUCUCCUAUAAAUGCCACUCGCUAAACCCACAUUUUAACCUAAAUUGGAAAUGCCGAAAUAGAAUAAAAAUUAGAUAUUUGGUUUAAAUUAUCCAAAAUCUUUGCCUAUCGCUCCAAAUAUGGGAUAUAAGUAUUAACAAUAAUAGCAAUAAUAAUAAUAUAAAUUUGAUGACAUCUUAUAUGGUAAACCUCCACUUAAAUAGUAUUAUUGA